AAAACAACCGCCAGAAACGCCGCUGUUUCUGGUCCGCGCACGUCCGAGCUGCUCAUGACUUCUAACACUUUUACAAAUGAUUCUGAAAUCAAACAUUAAGAUCUGACUGAUUUACUCAAUUCAUCUGGAGCUGAAUAUCAUCAUCCUUUCAAUAUAGAAAGAGAAACAAUUUGUUCUGUUUGGGAAAAGAUUUAAAACAGCCAUGGGAACGGCACCAAGACGCAGACAUACACCUAAAUGAGUGUUUUCGUGAUUUGGCUGUGGAAGAAGCUUUAAUCAAUUAUAUAGCCUGAAAAACAUUACUUUGUGGAUGUAACUACAACUGAUCAACUAAGCUAAGAGGCAGAGCACACUCGCAUGCUGGAAAAUACAUGUUCUGUAGGAAGGGAUUCAAUUAUCCAUCUGUGUUGGGAAUUUAUCAAGGCAUUCACACUGGAAGUGAUCGUUCACCUGUACUGAGUAUGGAGCUGGAUUUUUUUCAUUUAUCCAAUGUGCCAAGAAACCAGCUUGUCCACUCUGAAGUGUGAAUGAUUAAAUGUUCAGACUGUGAGAAGACCCUUAAAACAGCAAUGACUUGCAGAAAUACCAAUACAUUCAGCCUGGAGAGAGACAAUUUAACUGCUGGAUUUGUGGAAAGAAGUUCAUCUAAUCUCCUGAAACACCAAUGAAUUCACACUGGUGAGGGGUCAUUUCCCUGCUGUGUGCAUUUGAAGGGACUCAUCGUGUCAUUCACCCUCCUGCUGCACCAACAAAUUCAUGUAGCAGAGAAGCCGCUGGCAUAUGGGAAGGGAUUCACUCAAGCAUUCAUCAUGCAGAUACACCGGAUUUUGAACAGUGAAAGAAAAACUACCAUUCACAUCGAGGAGAAACACGCAUUGUCCGUGUGCGGAGGAGUGAAUGAAGGUUCGUCGGAAAUGUCCAAACGCCAGCGCAGUCACACUGGGGAGAGACUGUGGAAAUGUGGGGAUUGUGGGAAGGGAUUUCUUUACCCAUCCCAGCUGGAAAUGCACCAACGCAGUCACACUGGGGAGAAGCCAUUCACCUGCUCUGAUUGUGGGAUGGGAUUCAGUCAGUCAUCCAGCCUGCGGAUCCACCAGCGAGUUCACACUGGGGAGAGACCAUUCACUUGCUCCCACUGUGGGAUGGGUUUCAGUCAGUCAUCCAGCCUGCGGAUACACCAACGCAGUCACACUGGGGAGAAACCGUUCACUUGUUCCAAUUGUGGAAAGGGAUUUGCUUCAUCGUCCAGCCUGCGGAAACACCAACGCGUUUGCACUGGAGAGAGACCAUUCACCUGUUCUGAAUGUGGGAAAGCAUUCACUCGCUCGUCUAUAUUGCUAGAACAUCAACAUGUUCACUCUGUAGAGAGACCAUUUGCUUGCUCAGAUUGUGGGAAAGCAUUCGCUCAGUCGUCCAAACUGCUGAUACACCAACGAGCUCACAGUAGAGAGAGACUAUUCACCUGCUCUGAAUGUGGGAAUGGAUUCACUCAUUCAUCUAAUCUACCAGAGAACCACACAGUUUAUACUAGAGAGAAACUAUUCACCUGCUCCACUUGUGGGAUGGAAUUUGCUCCAUCAUCCAGUCCGCAGAUACAUCAGCUCGUUCACACUGGAGAGAGACCAUUCAUUUGCUCUGUGUGUGGAAAGGGAUUCACUCGGUCAUCCCACGUGCUGAGACAUCAGCAGGUUCACACGGGGGAGAGAGCAUUCAGCUGCUCAGUGUGUGGGAAAGGAUUUACUCAGUCAUCCCACCUGCUGGUACACCAGCGAGUUCACACUGAAGAGAAACCGUUCAACUGCUCCUGGUGUGGGAAGCGAUUCACUCAGUCAUCCACCUUGCAGAUACACCAGCGAGUUCAUACUGGGGAGAGACCAUUUACCUGCUCCCUGUGUGGGAAACGAUUUACUCAGUCCUCCAACCUGCUGAAACACCAGCGGGUUCACACUGGGAAGAGACCAUUCAUCUGUUCUGAAUGUGGAAAAGGAUUCAUUUGUUCAUCGGAACUACUGGAACACCAGCGAGUUCAUACUGGAGAGAAGCCAUUCAUCUGUUCCAAUUGUGGAAAGGGAUUUACCAAAUCAUCCAACCUGCGGAGACAUGAGCAAGUUCACACUGGGGAGAAACAGUCACUCAGAUAAUUCACCUGCUGAUACACCAGCCUGUUUGCUCCACAGAGAGACGAGUUCAUUUAUUUUGCAGGCAGAAAGGGAUUCACUCUGUUAUCCAAUACUGUUAAUACACCAGUGAAUUGGCAGUGGGUGGAUCCCAUUCACUUGCUCUGUCUGUGUAAAAGGAUUCACUUGUGGGAUGGAAUUCACUCUGUUAUCCAGUCUGCAGACAGACCAACCAGUUCACACUGGAGAGAGACCAUUCACUUGCUCUAUAUGUGGAAAGGGAUUCACAUGGAGCAGCUGAAUACUCUCUUUCCCCCAUGUGAAAGGGCUUGCUAUUUGCUAACACAUCAGAAAAUUCACAAAGAAACCACAGGUGAAGGACUUUGCUAUUACUCACACCACAGAAUGAACCUUAUUCCUUGGGCUGUUUGUUAAAGGUGCUGAUAUGGUAUAUAAAAUGCUGAUACCAUUGUGUAUCUGUAGGAUAGGUUUUGAAAAUGUUAACAAUGUUGUAUACAUGACAGUUACACUGGGUGAAGACUGUCCACCUGCAUAAUGUUUGUAAAGUGAGUUUCUGGUUCAUCAUGACUGGUUAAACAACAGUGAGUUCCCUCGGUGCUGGUGGGACGAUGCGGCUCCUUCAACAUGGUUAUGGUGUCCUUGGCUUUUUCUUUCCCCCAGAGAGACUGUAAAAGACUGGAAAGUCUAACUUUGAAGGGUUUAUGUUAGAUUAAAGCUAACAGCUAUUGCCUCAGGCAAAAGGCUUUAAUUUUUUUCUUUUAAAAGAAACCACUUGUACAAUGAAAAUGGAGUGAGUAGUUCUCUCAGCUCUGCUUUUCUCUGGUUUGAUUUUUGUUUUAGCAGUCUGGCUAUUCAGUGAAGACAGUCAGGCAGUUUUUGAAGCUGCUGGAUCCAAAGAGUCAGGUCCAUGCUGGUAGUCUCCCUCUGACAUCUCUCCUGUAAGACCCUGUGUUUGAGAUUACCUUUUGUGCCCAGGGAUGUUUAUGGAGAUUGUUGCAAGUAUA